UUGCCGUGGUCUCGUGCGCGCAGGUUUCUGCUCUCCAGUAGUGUCCACACCGACGUGAUAAGGUGCGCGUCACUCAAGACACACGCACAUCGCUGUACGUUGGAGUGUUACGGAAAGACGUGUUUUUGCGCGGUGCAACGACAAGCGUACGUUAUCGAUACAGAGAGUGUUAAGUUAGAGAGUAUGAAGUUUCGCUUUUUUCGUUUUUUUUUUUAAACAUCAAUAUAUAACUUUACUCUUCCCGUAAUACAUUCGAAUUUAUAUCAUAAUAAUAAUAAUAAUAAUAAUAAUAAUACUGUACAUCAUUUUACGUGCACGGUGCGAUCGAGCCGCAAUGGGACGACGAGUUCACUCAACAAACACAUCCGUCCUCUGCAGAAAUCAGUGUUUUUGAACAAGUUGACGACGAGCUGCACGCUUAGUGGACGACGAACAUGGACAUUGCCGUGUUGAAAAAAUUAACGAGAUCCGGUUUUAUAUUACUUCACAUUACCGUGUUGCUAAUCGUAAACGGCCAGACGAAGAGCGCGGGCACUAAAUGGGCGAACGCCGAACUGGAAGCGGCCGACGAGUCGUCGGACUUACAGAUCUACAAAUCCGUUGUGCAGUCAAUGGAAGAAUGGAAGCAACGGAAGAAUUCGUCGAAAAGACAAAAAAGGGCAGAAACGAGUGCUUGCUAUCCGGAAGUAGGCUGUUUCGACACUUCCGGUCCUUACGGCUACAUUGGAAUGGUACCAAACGCUCCGGACGAGGUAAAUACAAGGUUUCUAUUGUACAGCUCGCGAAGGAGCAGACGAGACACGCCACUGCUGGACGUAGCGUUCAAAAACAUGACGUCUAUCUGGCACUGGGCCGGCAAAGCAUUCAAUGUGUCCGCGCCCACCAAAGUCAUUGUUCACGGGUUUGGUAGUUCCUGUUCAAACGUGUGGGUAUACGAAAUGAGAUCCGCCCUUAUGGACGUGGUCGAUUGCAACGUCAUUUGCGUGGACUGGGAGGCAGGCGCUAUCAUACCCAACUAUGUACGAGCAGCGGCUAACACCAGGCUGGUCGGCAAACAGGUAGCUAUGCUCAUUCUGGGUCUGGCGGCCAAAGCCAACCUGCCCGUGGAGAACGUGCACUUGAUCGGCUUCAGUCUGGGCGCUCACGCAGCCGGUUACGCCGGAGCCGAGCUUAAGAACCUCAGCAGGAUCACGGGGCUGGACCCGGCCGGGCCGCUGUUCGAGAACCAGGACCCCAAGACGCGGUUGGACUCAACGGACGCCAAGUUCGUGGACGUGAUUCACUCGAACGGCGAAAACCUCAUCCUGGGCGGGCUUGGUGCCUGGCAGCCUAUGGGUCACGUGGACUACUAUCCCAACGGCGGGCGCAUGCAGAAAGGUUGCUCCAACCUGUUUGUCGGUGCCGUCACCGACAUUAUCUGGUCCGCACCCGAAGUAUACGGCAGGAGCCUAUGCAAUCACCGUAGGGCAUACAAGUUCUUCACGGACAGCGUGUCGCCGGGUUGCGCAUUCCCGGCCGUGCCAUGCGAAUCUUACGAGAAGUUUCUGGAAGGCGAGUGUUUCCCGUGCAAGGACAAGUCCAAGUGCGGUAACAUGGGCUACCACUCGGACAAGUCACCGGCCCGCGGUAAAAUGUACCUGUUGACCAGAGACGAGGAACCGUUUUGUGCGCAUCAGUAUAUAGUCAAAAUCUAUAACUCUCCCAGUGCGUUGCCAGUGGUCAGCUACGGAAAAAUACAAGUCGUCCUUUUCGGUCAGCUUGAUAUUAACGAAACGUUUACCAUCACGAACAAAGACGAUGCGACGCUGUCGUUGGGCGAGACAAUGAAGAAGAUCAUCGUGCCCCAUCCCGCGUUGCAAGGAUUUAACCGGGUACAGAUCACGUACACGGCGUACAAAGGCUGGCUGUCUAACGGUCUGUCCAAAUGGAGCAUCGACAAGUUCAUACUCAUCGAUAGCUACGGCAACAGCCAAUCGAUUUGUCAAAGGGGCCUGGUCAUGCAGUCCGAAGUUCCCGUCGUAUUGCCACUGUAUUCUGGUGAUUGUAACCUACCGGAGCUGAUAUUGCAGUUGAACAGCGGCGACAUCAGGGACAAGACGGACCACGAUAACGGGCAACCGGAGUACGGCCAGCAGCACAUAAACAACUCACUCGUCGGCGGUGGCGGUGAUGGAACGCAGGACUCCGGGGUACCGGGUGACCUAUCGGCCGCGGCGGCCGGCUCGACCGGGUUCAGCGCCACGUUGGGCGUGGGCAUCAAGGAGUACAUGAACGUGCCGUGGAUGCCGUUGGUGGACAUCGUGGCCGAGCCGACCGGCAACAGCCUGGACCCGACGGCGGACCGGCGCGAACAGUCGGGCCGCGGGUUCACGGCUAACGGCGCGACUGGCUGGCCCGGGAACAAGACCGCGGCUACCGGGAGCGCCGAGGCUGCCGUGGCGGCUCCGUUGCCGCUGACGGCCGACGACUCGACAGAAGAGGAUCAGUUUCCAUACGACGAGCACCAGCAGCAGACCAAGGGCGGUGUCAACGGGACGACCGGCGAGAUCCGCGAACCGGUGCUUCGGCCCAAGAGCCGGUUUCGCAUGUACCGGAUGCCGGACGGGAGUGCCGUGGCCGCGGCCAGUAACGGUACGCUGUCGUCUCAGGCGAACGGCAGUAACGCGUCUGCGGCCACGGCCGAAAGGUCAUUCAUCGUUCACCUGUUGCCGCAAAAGCUGAUGAACAUGAUCGAGCAGGCCGAGAGGUACGCGCGCAUGGCGUUCUCGCCGUUCAUGUGGCCAACCAAGGAGCGGGCACAACGAGCGCUCAAACAUUUCCCAAGGUUUUUGUUCAACGACAACAAGACGUCCGAACAAGUGGUGAACGUUCAACAGGACGAGGGUCCCAAGAGAUACAUACCGCUAACGUACGACGACCGCCAGGUCGGUGUGGGACGGUCUAGUAGCGGCCCGGUACUCAUGGAAACGAAAAUCGUGCCGGCCAUGACGGACGACAGUCCGACAGUUGAAGAAGACUUAGAUUUAUCCAAAGAAGACAUUAGAUAAAAUCCCGUUAGAUUAUUUAGUUGUGUACUUUUUUGUUUCUCAUCACCAUUUUUUUUUCUUCAUAAAUACUUGUGUAUCCAACGUACUAUUGUUGCGAAUUAUCUGCAGUCGACUACAUAGGUACGUCUGUUACGAACUUAUUUAAACACGACGUAUGCGCGCGAGUGUGAUUUAUGUUUAUCCGAGUACAUUCGUAAGUAUCGCGUUGUGUACGUGGAACUUCGACAGUAAGACAAAAAGCUUUUCGACUGUAUUGUGAAAUGAAAACAGGGGCGUAGGGAUAAGCGCGUUACAAAUCAUAAAUAAUUUUAGUUCCUAAGAAUUGUCGAAAACUCAAAGAAAAUGUAAAAUCGAAUUCCAUCGCUAAUAAUCCACGGGAAAUAUAAUAUUAUGUAUUACUUUAAAUACUGUGCGCGAAUCGACGCAGUUCAGCGGGACUGGCUCGCGCAUUCCGUUCAAUAUUUUGUUUUCUCAUCGUGAUCGUGCAAAUCGCGACGUUUAAUUAUAACUUUAUUAUUAUUUUUAUUUUUAUUUUUAUUUUUAUUAUUAUUAUUAAUAUUAU